AAUAUGUUUAAAACGCGCCUGUUUCAACACGCGCUGUAUACUAAAAUUAUUUUCUCGGAAAUAUAUUAGGAAAAAGUAUCGUAAAUGUUAGCAGGAAAAAUUCAUUUCUUGUUAAUUGAAAUAAGAGGGUUGGAUUUUAGGAAUUUGCUGACUGGUGAGUUUUUCUGUCACUGCAAAGGGAUCUUACAAAGUAGCAAAUGUCACUCACGUGUUUGUGUGAAACUACCUUUGUGUUAACCCAAUCUGUACUUUUUAAAUGCUCACAAAUUCAGUUGUAAAAUAUGCAACUAUUCAUAGAGAACUGGUGACUAACUUGUCUUGAUUCCGAAUAUUAACUUCCUCUGUUUCGAUAUUUAAUAGAACACAAGUAAACAUGAAUAACCACACAUUUUAAAGUUCGUCCAAACAAACAUGGCGAAACCCGCUACGAGUUGCCAUUUACGAUAUCUCUACAUCCCACCUGAAGAAAUCACCGACAAAUGGACGUUAGAAAAUACAGUUCGUGUCCGGAAUACAGCUGACUGUACGUACUUCUGCGUGGUAGGCUGGGGACCAGGUGGGUAUUCUGGCAUUCAACAAAUACGCAACGAUCGCCGUGUUGUUAUUUUUUCAAUGUGGGAUGAUGGCGCGAAUAAAGUUGAAGCAGAACAACAUGGCGACGAAGUUGUGGUAACGCCAUUUGGUGGAGAAGGAUCAGGAAUGAAAUCAAUGAAGGAUAUAGAUUGGAGAGAUAAUGAGAAUGUUGAACUUAGAAUAUCUGGGGAAAAACAGGGAAGUUCAUCAACUUGGAAAUGCUCUUGUUGGUAUCGUCUUGCUGGAGAAAAAGACUGGAACUUUGUCGCUACGUACAGCAGAGAUGGAAGCCCGCCUUUGAAUCAUAGUGGAUUUUAUUCAUUCAUUGAAGACUGGGAGCGAAAUGAAUAUUCUAAAGGACAUUGCUUGAGACGCUCAGCUGAUUUUAGUGGACCUACCUUGAUCACUAGAAAUGGCGACAAAAUUUUAUUUAAGGAAGCCAUGUUUACGAAGCAAAGACACGGUUCCGAUAUGUAUGCCAUAAAUAAAGCUUUUGGUGCUGUGAAUAAAUGUCAACUAUGUUUUUCGCUCUCGACUGGCGGGAAAUCGGAAACAGAUAUUCCCGCUGUGAUGAAAAGCGAAGGAUAUGAUUGUUGUGUUGGUGAACACCUUUCAAGAUUAACAUUCGAGUAGAAUUGUUUCUAUUUGUUUUUAUUAAAAAUGUGAAAAAGGCUGCGGUAAAGUUUUAUUUUGCGAAGAUUUUAAAUAUGCUGAUUCGAGAUGAUUCAAAAAAAUUUUUGAAUCAUCUUUCAAGCUUUCGAAGUUGUUCUGGAAUUGCGCUUAACCUUCUUUAAAACUUAUUUGCUUGUUGUUCCGAGGAACAAGUGGGGGCAAACAAGUAAUUGUUUUUUCCCAGAUAUUUACUACAAUCGUGUGCAGAAAUACAAGGACAGAUGGAUUUUUUUUACAAAAACUACCCCUCCCCUUUUCUCAAUGUUGAAAUACCGUUAUGGGGUACCCUGGGGCUCCAACAUUAAACCUAGUGACUUGGUGUGCAAACAUCUGCAUGUAAGGAAAAACCGUUAGAGAGAAAGUCAUUUUAUUGUUCAAAAUAAUUUUCUGUCCUCUCGUAAAUGCUUGCAUUCAUUUUUUGUGGAAUCAACACCAGAAUGCUAAGAUUAGCAAAAACUUGUUUUGUGUUGAAUAUAACAGAUUGUAACUCUGUAACGCGACAAGUAAAUUUGACAUUGACACCAA